AUGCGCGUUAUGAACUCGAUUACUGAUAAACCCGAAUGGGAUCGAAAGGUCUUCGAUCUCAACAUCACAUCAAAAUGGCGAGACGAGAUCACAGAAAGUGGCGAAGACAUCACACCCCGGAUGAUAGACUGGGUAAUCAAAGAAUUACAAUGGAAAGCCGGGAUUUUCGACGAGACAGGCUACGUCCAGGUAUUCGAUACCGGCGUGGUAAAAUCGGACGCCGUCAUUUCGCAAGAAUUACGCCAGGCGUUGAAAGAUGCGUCGGUGCCUCUUAGCAAUAUCCCAGAAGACGAGAAGGAUUACCACCCGGGCUCGGAUAACAAAGUAGUUGAUCUUGUCCACCCAUCUCUUUUCCCCGUCAUAUAUGGUCGAACGCGCGUCCUUCCGGACAGAACUAUCGGACUCAAUGACAGUAUCGAGGCUAUGGGAUAUGGUUCGAUAGUGCCCCAGCCAACGGACGAGCAAAUUCUUCAGUUCACUCCUCAUCUGCCACGCGGGCUGCCGGUAUUUAGCAAAAGUUUCCAGUGGUUACCCUGUGACGUGGAAUUCACCGAGGAGGGAUGUAAGAUCGUCUCGUAUAUCAAUAACCUGCAUCCUGAAAAGCAUAGAGACCUGUAUGGUGUCAUUGAGAAAAUUAUUUCCAAGACGAUUCCGCUUUGGAACAAGAGUCUUGAACAGCAACUGCACAAGGGCAGAAUUGAUUAUAAAGAGGUGGAAUAUGGUGAGCAUUCAGAGCCGGAACCGCAGUACCCUGGUGAGCACUGGGAUGAAGAGGCGCCAGAAUGGGAUACCUUUGAUGAAGAGGCUUGGGGUGAAAUUUGGGAAGGAUGGGCUGCGAACCGUCCUAUUUUACUUCCUGAACCGGGGGAGUUCAAGCCUAGGAAAAGCUCUCAGUGGGAGCGAGUUGAUCUCCGGACCAAUUUUCCCGGCCAAAGAUUGCAAGUCAUUGUCAAGAUGGCUAAUAUUGAACUUACUCCCGACAACCCUGAGUACGAGGGAGGUAGCUGGCACAUUGAAGGACAAUUGUUUCUGCCAGUGAUUCAUAUAUGGGAAGACAAAGAUCACCGCCCGGAUAAGACUAACACAUCGCAGAAUGAACGAAUCGCAGCCUCAGCAAUAUACUACUACGAUAACGAAAACAUAACACCCAGCAAUCUCUCCUUCCGCCAACGCGCCAGCUGCGAUUUCGAAGAACCAAGCUACGAACAAGACAGACACGAAUUCAUCCAAGCAGUCUACGGCUUCGACGAAGCAAAUUCCCGAGGCGAGACAAAUAUCACGCAAGAACUCGGAGGCAUAAAGUGCGACGAAGGCCGAUUGAUUACAUUCCCCAAUACCCUUCAGCAUCGAGUAUCGCCUUUUCAACUCGCAGAUAAGUCCAAGUCGGGCCAUCGGAAGAUUCUCGCGCUUUUCUUGGUCGAUCCGCAUCGAAGGGUUAUUUCUUCUGCGAAUGUGCCACCGCAACGGGAGGAUUGGUUCCCUUCGGAACGCAAGGAGCGGGGUCGUGACGAUGGGGAACAAGUGGUACUGGAUUCGGACGCUCCCCCGUGCCCAGGGCCGGGCCGGGGUGAGUUGAUGUCGGUGGAUGAGGCGAGGGAGCAUAGGUUGGAGCUUAUGGCGGAGCGGAGUUUGAGGUCUGCGGAACGAAAUCAGAAUUUUGAAAUUGGGGAGUUUAAUCUUUGUGAGCAUUAG